AUGGAUAAUGCGCCUGCUCACCCGACAGAUAUUGAUUUGAAAAAUAUUACUGUUAAUUUUUUUCCAAGUAAUACGACUUCUCGUAUUGAACGCAUGGACCAGGGCGUGAUCCGAAACUUUAAGGCUUAUUAUCGUCGACAAUUAGUUCAACGUAUUAUUAUAAAUUGUCAUCAUGCUCAUUCUGCUGAUGAUGUUUUGCAUUACAGAGAAGCCGGAAUUUUGAUUCCAACGGGUACAUUGAUUGAUGAAGAUGUUGUUGUACAAGAGGCAAAAUGUAUGGUUGAACUCGAUAAAGUAUUGAAACAUUUGACGGUCGGUGGUGAGACAAUAUCAGCUGAUGAUUUUGUAAGUGUGGACGAUAAUGUUCCCGUAUGCAACGAAUGGAACGAUGAUUAUGAAAAGAUCUUAUCAGUGGAAUAUACAUCAACUGAGGAUACGUUUCAAGAAGAACAACUAACUGCUGACAUAUCACCAUUGUUAUCGGAAUCUCUUAAUAUGAUACGUCGAUUGCAUUUACUUUCAACUAAUCAAUAUCCUGAAUCACAUCCCUUCAUCCUUCAUCUUCAAUCAAAGCUCAGAGACGUGUUUCUCGAUAAGAAAGUAUCGAAGCAAAGAUCUAUUCAUGAAUUUUUCAAGUCAUUGUAG